AUGAACUUCCUUCGCCGUCGCCUCUCCGAUAGCAGCUUCAUCUCCAACCUGCCCAACGGCUACAUGACGGACCUCCAGCGGCCCGACCCCCCUGCGCCUCCUCCCCCCGCCGCGUCCCCUUCCAAACAGGGUCCCUCGCCGCCCCUGGUGGCCACGUCACCCCCCAGCCAGUCCCCGUCCAAAGCUCCAGCACUGUCCCAGGCGCCACCGUCCAGCUCGCAGGACCGCCGUCCGAGCCAGCAGAACCAGCCAGCCCAGUCCUCUUCCUCCUCCAGCUUCUUCAGCUCCUUCAGCUCCAUCACCAACGUGGUCAAACAGACGGCCGCCUCUGCUGCCGGGCUGGUGGAGCAGUCGGCGCCAUCCGCCAGCCUCUCCAGGAAGUUCAAGAUCCUGCUGGUGAUCGACGAGCCGCAGAUCGACUGGGCCAAAGUGUUUCGUGGGAAGAAGGUUCUAGGGGAAUACGACAUCAGACUUGAACAGGCCGAGUUCUCAGAGAUUAACCUCGUCUCUCAUUCCAAUGGGAACUGUAAUGUGGAUAUGCAGGUCAUCCGUAAUGGAACCAAAGUGGUCAGGUCCUUCAGGCCUGACUUUGUCUUGGUGCGGCAACACGCCUUCAGCAUGGCACAGAAUGAGGACUUCAGGAACCUGAUUAUCGGGCUACAGUAUGCCGGCAUCCCCUCCGUCAAUUCACUGGAGUCUAUCUACAACCUGAGCGACAAACCCUGGGCUUUUGCUCAACUGAUUAACAAACAGAAGAGGCUGGGCUCAGACAAGUUCCCUCUGGUCGACCAGACCUUCUAUCCCAACUAUAAAGACAUGAUAACCACGCCCACUUUCCCAGUGGUGGUGAAGAUUGGACACGCCCACUCUGGAAUGGGGAAGGUGAAAGUGGACAAUAUCAGCGACUUUCAGGACAUUGCCAGCGUGGUGGCCAUCACUCAGACCUACACCACCACAGAACCCUUCAUAGAUGCCAAAUACGACAUCAGGAUUCAGAAGAUUGGCGCCGACUACAAGGCAUACAUGCGGACAUCCAUCUCUGGUAACUGGAAGAGCAACACUGGAUCUGCCAUGUUGGAACAAGUAGCCAUGACUGAAAAAUACAAACUGUGGGUGGACACCUGCUCUGAGAUCUUUGGAGGUCUGGAGGUCUGCGCUGUUAAAGCCAUCUGUGGCAAGGAUGGAAAUGACUACAUCACUGAGGUUGUAGGCUCGUCUAUGCAACUGAUUGGAGAUCACCAGGCAGAGGACCGACAGCUGAUGGCGGAGUUGGUACUGAAUAAAAUGAACCAAAUACUGGCCACCAGGUCAUCGGCUGACUCCCGCUCCCCUGCACACUCCCCCCAGAGCCAGAGGACUGCUGCCACCCAGCCACAACAGACUGCCGCCCUCAAGGAAGGCGUGGAUCCAAACAGGACCCCUGGCCAACGGCCCCAACCUCAAGGCGGGCCGGUGAAGUCACACAGUGUCGAUCCGACUUCAGAUUUGGUACUGCCGCCAGCUCAGGCUCAGAAACCAGCCCAGACUCAGAAGCCUGGCCCACUCCAGAAGUCCGCCUCGGUCACAAAGCCUCCCGUUCCGAGGCCUCCACCAAUGACCAGAGCACCAUCGGUCAGCAAAUCAACCCCUGCUUCUGCCCCAGCCCCGGCCAAAGCCUCCCCACCGAGCCCCACCCCGGCUAAACCCACAGCAGCCUCCGCCCCAGCUGCCUCCCCGGCUAAAAAAACCUCAGCUGCUCCAGGAUCUCCUCCACCUACCGCUGCUGCUGCAUCUCCCAAGACCCAGACACCUCCCACCACAGAGCAGCCCAAACCCCAGCCACAGGCCUCCCCCUCCACAGCGCCUGGAAAACCCAGAGACCUGCCCCCCAAACCCACCCCGCCGGUCAAACCUAUCCCCCCCGUACGUAGGAAUUCCAAACCACUGCUCCAGCCCAAGCCGCAAACCCCGCCCCCUCCCAAGGUGACGCCCGUACCACAAACCGAUGAUGCAGCCCCUGCCAUCAACUCUGCCUCCACUGCCGCUACCGUGCCGGCGCAGGCUGAGUCUAUGCCCAAAGCCACCCCCGAGUCCCCACCAAACGUCCAGUCUCCAGCCAAGACCCCAAAACCUGCCACAAACGCAGAAGCGGUCCAGUCUGAGACAGAGGUCCAGCCUGCCGUGGAAGAACAGCCAUCUGCCCAGCAGAAGAGCCAUCCACUGCUGAAUAAGUCCCAGUCUCUGACCAAUGCCUUCAACGCCUUCAGUGACUCCUCUUUCUUCCGCGGCGGCUCCAGUUCAGGAGGUGACGGACAGGAGGAGGCCAAGGCCGAGACCAUCCGCAACCUCCGAAAGUCCUUUGCCAGCCUCUUCUCCGACUAA